CGAACUUGGAAAACUCGUUCAUCUAAUUAAAACCCUUGGCCAAAACCUCCCUGGCUUCUCUACCAUAUAAACCGGAAGACACGAAAUGUUCGCCGUUUCACCGUCGUACUUUUCGCCGGCAACAAUCUCUUUGAGCCGUAGUAGCGGUCAUCAGGGGAAGAGACCUCAAUUGGCGAGGAAACUCUUGGUGGUGAGGGCAGGAGGUAAGAGGAUACUGUACGGUAAAGAUAGCAGAGAGGCUCUACAAGCCGGCAUCGAUAAAUUAGCUGAUGCUGUUUCCGUCACCUUGGGCCCUAGAGGGCGUAAUGUAGUGCUGGCUGAAUCAGAUACAAUCAAAGUGAUCAACGAUGGUGUCACCAUUGCUAAAUCCAUUGAGCUAUCUGACACCAUCGAGAAUGCUGGAGCUACACUUAUCCAAGAGGUUGCGAUUAAAAUGAAUGAAUCAGCGGGUGAUGGGACAACCACUGCAAUCAUUUUGGCUCGAGAAAUGAUCAAAGCUGGCUCUUUGGCUAUUGCUUUUGGAGCUAAUGCUGUUUCCGUUAAGAACGGAAUGAACAAGACUGUUAAAGAGUUGGUCAGGGUGUUGCUAAUGAAAAGUGUUCCUGUCAAAGGGAAGACUGAUGUUAAAGCCGUGGCUUCAAUCUCUGCUGGCAACGAUGAAUUUGUGGGGAAGUUGAUUGCCGAAACUGUGGAAAAGAUUGGCCCUGAUGGCGUCAUCUCCAUUGAAACAUCUUCCACUUCAGAAACAUCUGUUAUAGUUGAGGAAGGCAUGAAGUUUGACAAAGGCUAUAUGUCGCCUCAUUUCAUCACAAACCAGGAGAAGUCUACAGUGGAAUUCGAUAAAGCUAAAAUCCUCGUGACGGAUCAGAAAAUCACUUCAGCCAAAGAGCUAGUUCCUUUACUGGAGAAGACUUCGCAACUGAGUGUUCCGCUCCUCAUUAUCGCAGAAGAUAUCUCGGCGGAAGUGCUCGAGAUACUGGUGGUGAACAAGAAGCAAGGUUUGAUCAAUGUCGCUGUCGUAAAAUGUCCUGGAAUGUUGGAUGGAAAAAAGGCUUUGCUACAAGACAUCGCACUCAUGACAGGAGCUGAUUAUCUUUCCGGAGAUUUAGGCAUGAGUCUAAUGGGCGCAACUUCAGAUCAGUUAGGUGUUGCUAGGAAAGUAACAGUCACAGCUAACUCAACAACUAUAGUCGCAGACCCUUCAACUAAACCGGAGAUUCAAGCAAGAAUAGCUCAGAUGAAGAAGGAUCUAGCUGAGACAGAUAAUUCAUAUAUGACAGGAAAAAUCGCAGAGAGAAUUGCUAAGCUCUCCGGAGGUGUGGCUGUAAUAAAGGUGGGAGGUCACACUGAAACAGAACUUGAGGACAGGAAACUUAGAAUAGAAGACGCGAAGAACGCAACGUUUGCAGCCAUGAGAGAAGGUAUAGUACCAGGUGGUGGUGCCACGUAUAUCCAUCUUUUAGACGAGAUCCCGAGAAUCAAGAAGACUCUAAUGGAAGAUUCAUACGAACAAAUAGGUGCAGAUAUAGUGGCAACGGCGCUCACGGCACCUGCAAUGGUCAUAGCAACCAAUGCCGGGGUUGAUGGAUCAGUUGUAGUGGAGAAGACCAGAGAACUCGAAUGGAGAAGCGGUUACAACGCAAUGUCUGGAAGAUAUGAGGAUCUUCUAAACGCUGGAGUCGCAGAUCCUUGCAAAGUUUCAAGAUUCGCCCUGCAAAACGCGGUUUCUGUUGCGGGAAUUGUUCUCACGACCCAAGCAGUGCUAGUGGAGAAGAUCAAGCAGCCUAAACCUGCGGUUCCUGAAGUUCCUGGCAUACCCACCUCAUAACCAAGCAUAAAAACCAGACUCUUUUAGCAAGUUUUGUCUAAAUCCAAACCUUUGCUCACAAAAUGGUGUUUGGUUUGGUCGUCAUUAGUAAAACGGCCUCAGAAUCUGUGAUGCAGUGGUGAGUGCACAGGGUUAAAUGAAAAAGAAUAUUGUAAUCAUUGUUGCUUAUUGUGGAAGCCAAGCUUAUUGUUAGCA